AUGCAAUAUAUCGCUGGCAUGACAGCAGGGGUGGAGACGAGAGUGAAGCUGUACAGUGGCAAGGGACACAUCGACCUCACUUUACAGGACCUGUUUCGGGGCGGCAGGGACGAGCUGGUGGAAGAUAUUUUGGAAAUAGUGUACCACGUGGAUCGGCACAGCCACAGCCACCAAUCAGAGUCCGCCAUGUCAGCAUUGGAUCAUGCAGCAGAAGCUGCGUCUUCCAUAAGGCCUGCCUCGUCCACCUCUGUUCCUGCCUCUCAAGCCUCCGCUGCUGCAUCUUCUGCUACUGUGUCGCCUGGAUUGGGUGAUUUUGCGAAGGUUCAGGGAUCAAUUCCUGGUGCCGUCAUUGUUCCCGGAGAAAUCGCUGCCCAGUGCUCAGGAGGGCAGUGUUGCGUUGUUGGGGAGGCAAAUUUCAGUUCUCAGAAUUGUGAUAAGCGUGCUGCGUGUGCUGGAGGUGAUAUAGACGCUGCCACUGUUGGGUUGCUGCCAAGACCAGGAAUGCAAGAGCCGGUUGGUGUGGGGCCGAGAGCAGAAGCACUGGGACCAGAGCGCAAGUGGAUGGUUCCUAAAGUGCUGCUCAGUGCAGCUAAAUUUAUUAGCCCGUUUUAG